AUGCAUUGGACGGUAACAGUGUUGUUCUUGGAUGCUGUAGAAGUAUGCAAGAAAUGGUACAGCUGGUUCUUGGAGAGUCACAGAUGUGUUGGCAAUGCUCAGAAACAAGAAACACAAUUUGAGGAGCAGAUGAUGCGAAAGGAGCUAGAGAAGAUUAGAAGUGAUACAUCACAGAUCCUGGACGAGACCAUUCCGCUCAUUAAAGACAAGGUGAUGGAGAUUAACCACAUCUAUGCCAAAGUUGAUAAAUUAGAGGCAUUUGUUAAAAUGGUUGCACGCCAUGUUUCCUUCCUAGAAGAGCAAGUGCUUGAAGCAGAGAAGAGCCAUGGCACCUUUCUUAAUACUGUUUGCAAAUUAUUUCAGUGUGCAACUAUCUCGUCAUUUAAAAACAGACAUCCUCUAUCAGCAGCACACUCCUGUGACCUGCCAAAACUCUACCGAACUGAAGACUUUUUUUCCUAUGAGCUAUGUAGGUACUAA